UUUUCCUUUUAUGCUUGAAAUUAAGAUGAUGUUCCUAUUUUCAUUUAUAUAUACCUCUUUUUCUUUUUACAGUAUGACCACGAUGAUCACCGCUGCCACCAAUUCAACGUGGAACGGAAAUAAGAAAUCGAGAGGAGGUCAAAGACAAGAGAGAGGGUUGGAGUAUGAGCAGGCGAUGCUUCUAUGAACUCUGCUACAUGGAGAUAUAAACAAUGAACUCUUUAACCUCCAAACAAAUAUCGACCAAGGCGAUUCUAAUCGUUGUGGGACUGAUCUAGGUUAAUUGAGCUGUUAAGAGGCUUACUGUGUACUAAGGUAAACUGGGUAGAGGUAUGGGCUCAAAGCCUAUAAAGAUACAUUAGUAUAUCUAUACCAAGUCAAGUACGUAUGUGUGACUAUGUACU